UAUAGUACCGAUAAUGAACACAAAUGCCAAGGUUCCAACCGGCCGCAAAUGGAAUGCCCAAAAUGAGGUUGACCAAGCUGUCGGUCGCCUGCAACACCGGGAGAUUGUGGCCAGAGUCCAGGCAGGAAGAACAGGGCUAGGAUGGGGAGAGGUGCCAAGCCUCUGGUCCAAGGCGAACCCUUAGGAGUGGAAGGAGAUGGUGGUGGCAGAGGUGACGAGGAUGGAGGAAGAUUGCUACAAUAUCAUGGCUGUGUCGCAGGGCCGACAAGGAAGCUGGACAACCUGGGAGGGACUUGUUAACCGGAACAUCAGUUGAUCAGACCUAUGGAAGAUUCCACAAACAAGACUCAGCUUCCUCAUUCGCUCAAACUACGACACCCUUCCCUGUCCUCUGAACCUUCACCAGUGGUUUGGGAACGAAGAAUGCUGUUGACUCUGCAAUGCCCCCAACGCAAGCCUCCAGCACAUCUUAUCAGGCUGCAAGAUCGCGCUUUAACAGGGGCGCUACAGAUGGCGCCACGACCAGGUCCUGAGAAUACUCGCCGAAGUGCUGGAGGUGUGUCGACAGGGUAACGAAGAACCACCAUCAGCAGAGGACCACACCAGCUUUGUCUCAGAAGGAGGGGAGCCCCUGUCUGCCACCUGUCUAUUAGCAGCCAUGACUGAGUUCUGGUUGAUCUCCGCUCCGGGCGAGAAGACAUGUCAGCAGAGCUGGGACAAGAUGAUGAUGGCCACCACACACACCACUAACCUGUCCACCAACAACAAGUUCAACAUCCCAGAUCUCAAGGUUGGAACACUAGAUGUCUUGGUUGGUCUGUCGGAUGAGCUGACAAAACUUGACACCUUUGUCGAGAGUGUGGUGAAAAAGGUGGCCCAGUACAUGGCAGAUGUUCUGGAGGACAGCCGAGAUAAGAUCCAGGAGAACCUGUUAGCUAACGGAGUUGACCUGGUCACAUAUGUGACCAGGUUCCAGUGGGACAUGGCCAAGUAUCCCAUCAAACAGUCGCUGAAAAACAUCUCUGAGAUCAUCUCCAAGCAAGUGAGUCAGAUUGACAACGACCUGAAGGCAAGAGCCUCGGCCUACAACAACCUGAAGGGAAACCUGCAGAACCUGGAGAGGAAGAACGCGGGCAGCCUGCUGACCAGGAGUCUGGCAGACAUCGUCAAGAAAGAAGAUUUCAUUCUGGAUUCUGAGUAUCUUCUAACCAUGCUGGUGGUCGUACCAAAGAUUAACUAUGUUGAGUGGCAGAAGACGUACGAGACUCUGUCUGAGAUGGUGGUCCCCCGGUCCACUAACCUGUUGUUUGAGGACCACGACAGCGGCCUGUUCAGCGUCACUCUCUUCAGGAAGGCCAUCGAUGACUUCAAGCACAAGGCCAGAGAAAACAAGUUCACUGUGCGGGACUUCCAGUACAACGAUGAGGAGAUGAAGGCCGACAAAGAGGAACUGACGCGGCUGUCCACCGACAAAAAGAAACAGUUUGGUCCCUUGGUGCGGUGGCUGAAGGUGAACUUCAGCGAGGCCUUCAUCGCGUGGAUCCACAUCAAAGCGCUGCGUGUGUUCGUAGAGUCCGUCUUACGCUAUGGUCUGCCGGUGAACUUCCAGGCCAUGCUCCUGCAGCCCCACAAGAAGAACGUCAAGAAGCUGCGCGAGGUGCUGUACGACCUGUACAAACACCUGGACGGCAGCGCAAACAUCAUAGACGCUGCCAUGGACAUCCCCGGGCUCAACCUGAGCCAGCAGGAGUACUACCCCUAUGUGUACUACAAGAUAGACUGCAACCUGCUGGACUUCAAGUUCUAGAGACCACACAUAUCAUCCCAUCGGAUCAGCACAACACUCGCAAACCAAAUGCUACCUUCCUUCAUUUCUUGUGUGUUCAGAGUUUUUCUUUUCAGUUUUCUCUCUCUCGCUCGCUCUCGCUCUGUCUUUUUCUCUUUCUUGCGACCUCUCCAUUACAUUCCAAAAACGCUACUUAAGUGUUUAGUGCAAUCUGUUCCAUCUUUCUCCAAAGUAUCCAAUGGAGAGCUAUCCCCAUUGCUUGAAUCAUCCAGGGCACUGUCUUGUCUUCUAAUCGUAUUUAUACUUAGUCAUUUUCCCCCAGUCUAUCUACACAUCCUUCUUAGUGAGACUCAAAGUAGCAUGGGGAGUUCAGGGUUAGUGGGGGAGACGGACUGAAAGAAAAAAAGCUGUAUGUUGAUCAUAUUUAUAGUAGAGACAAUAGCUGUAGUGUAGACUAUAGCUCUAAAGCUCGUGUUUUUUUAUUUUUUUUUACGGUGCUUUGUCUGUAGUGUUAUGUGUGAGGAACUUCUGGUUAAGAAGUCAUUGUGAUUUUUUUUUCUUCCAAAACCUUUUCUUCAAAGAAUUGCUUCAAGUACUUGUGAAAUUUAAUGCUGUUCUUCAAUCGAAGAAGUCCACUGUAUUCAUGUAUAUUAUGAUUAUCCGAAAACUCAUCUAUGUGCAAAUACUGUCUAAUUCAAUAAUAUUGUAAGUAAUCAUCCAAAUAAAUAUAUAUAACUUCAA